AUGAAGACCGCUACAGACGAACCAGUACAGAUUGUAGGGAGAACUAAAAUAACGCCCAAUGUUAGUCAGUGCAUCCUGAGAUUCCCUGUUUUUGUGGCCCGAGGCCUAGGAAAUUGCUGUAUACUAGGGAACGACUUCCGCCUUCAGUUCAACACCGUUAUUAAUUUCUCCAAGAGACUAGUACAAUUCGAAACGAUGCGCGGGAGAGUAAUUACAGUCAAGUUCUUGAGUAGAGAGAGAGAGGCCAAGUACUUGAAACCCCCGCCGGACCCUACAUGGCUAAACCAAAUCCAAUUGGAAGACUUUAAGAGUCCCACUAUCGGAGUAAGAUGCGCGGACGCUGCAGAGGUCCCACCUAGAAGCCAUAGGUUGCUAAGGAUCACAUAUGACAACCCCUUACCUAGUCUUGGCAUCAUAGAACCUCGACUAGAACUGUUCAACGAGAAAUCAAUACUGGUACCAAGAGGCCUAAGUACGAAUCCCCCACCAGAGCAACUGAUGGUAGUGAAUUUCUCUGCCCAGACAAGAAGUCUGGCUAAGGGUGAGGUUCUUGCUGAAAUUUGCGAAGCUGAUGGAGUUAAAGAAGACUAUAUUCAAAAGGAAGGCAGAGAAGAAGGAGAAGAAGACAGGGUGGAUGUCAAAAGAAGAGAACGUCUCGAAGAGAAUGAACUGGAUAUCAACCCCAAUCUAGCCUCGGACAAGAGAAGAAGACUUGUAGAACUUCUGAGAGAAUUCCAGGACAGGUUUUCGUUGGACCGGUCACAAAUCGGGAAGACUACGGUUUGUGAGCUUGAAAUAGCGCUGAACGACAGUGAACCUGUACAUCAACCACCCUAUCGAGUGUCACAUCGAGAGAACGAUAUACUCACCUACCUCAAUGGAUGCAAGUGGUUUUGCACUCUGGACCUAAAUUCAGGUUACUGGCAAAUUCCUAUCAGAGAAGAGGACAAGAGUAAAACUGCUUUCAUAACACCUGACGGUCUCUGGGAGUCCCAAGUCACCCCCUUUGGACUUAAAACUAGCCCAGCAGUGUUCCUGCGAUGCAUGCCGCUUCAAGGGGAGGAUGAAGAGUGUCACAGGAUAAGAGAAGCCGUGGAAAGUCCAGAAAAAGCAGUGAGCAAAGAUCUAGGUUGUCCCGCAGUUUUGUGA